CUUCCAUUUUAUUUCUUUGAAACUACCUGAUCACCCGAGGUUCUGAGAUAAUAUGUAAGAGCUGCCGCAGUUGUUUCUUAAGUUUUAACAAUCGUUGGCUUCAAUAUAUUUGGCUAAAUUUGAAACUUCAAUUGAAAUAUGAAGAGCUGAUGUACAUGAGACUAAUCAGCCCUUCAGCAUAACUGUAAAUCCACAACAACAACAACAUAAUGGUCUUCUAAUUACUUCGCGACUUGUGGUAAAAUGCAGUAGUUUCUUGUAAUUAGUUCAGUAAUUUUUUCAAUUCGUAUUGUAAGAGUUUUAUGGCUAUGUUUAAUUUUUAGGCUUGCUAUAGAAUUGAUGGGGCAAAACUCGAAAAUCCUCGUGACGUUACUUUGUCACCCCGAAAAUCGGAGAAAUCGUUUGCAGAGAAAGAUGUAAUUGAAUUACAAGCUGAGUUCUGUGAUUCUUUAACCUCGUUGGUCAACAACAGUCCAGCUAAUGCAAUUGUUUCUCGUCUGGAUUUGAGUGGCAUUGAAAACUCAAUCGGGAAUUCAUCGGAAGCACCUUCAACAGCGAUAUCGCAGCCCCCACUAUUUGUUGAAAAAGCUGCAGCAGACUCUGUUCCAGUAGGUUGUACAUCCAGAUUUUGUGUACAGUCCGAUAGAUGCGCAAUUUUGUGUUCCUCUGUUAGAAUCAGUGAUGUCAAAAAUAAAGGAUACAAUAGCGAUAACGAGGCAUCUGGUUCGUCAGCAGACAUUCGAAAGCAACGUGGAAUGGGCGAUCGAUUCCACAGCAUGGAUUUAGUUACCAGGAAAUCCGAAAGCAAUUUAUUCGACGCUGUCCUCUUUCACAGUAGAAAAAGUGAAACGUUGAUUCACAGUAGAAGAAACGAGUGGAGUGAAAAGGAAAACUCCAGCAUUGAUAAAAUCAGAAGGUACAAUGAUACAUUUUCACGUCCGACAUCGCCCGCAGUUCCCAAAGUUCAAAUAACCGCCGAAAACGACUUUCAAGACGAUAGCCUAUUAGAGACUGAUACUAAUGACGAUAAAAUGGAUGACAAUCUGCAUACAAUUCGCGGACCAAAUGAGCGAGUGACCGAUGAUUCGGCACUGAGGAACAGUUGGACUGAUAAUAGCGACAUGAGAGAAGGAUUCUCGACACCUGCGACAAUUCCCUACAUGGACGACUGCCAAUUGUACUUGAGGAGAAAAGCUGUGAAAGAAUACAGAAAGUACCGAUAUCUGCACGACCUGGUUCUUUCGGGUCUGAACGAAAUUAUUGUCGAGUUGUCUUUUACAUCAGGGAUAAAUCCUAGCAACGAUAUGAGAUCCAGUGCCUCUAACUUAGAGAUGAAUAACAACAACACAAAUGCCACUAGCUUACUCCAAAAAAUAGUCGGUCUCUAUGAACGGGUGCGCUUGUUCGAAAAAGACUUCGACUCUCUAAAUAGUACAGAGAAAUCUUGCGAGUCUGAUUACUCACUAGACGGCUCCCCUUACAGACAGAAUUGGACGUCAAACGCAAAAACAAAGCAUCACAGUAGCAGUCGACUGUCUUUUAAAACACCGGCUACGAACUUCAGUGCCGACUUCUGUAGCGUGAAUAAAGUUCAAGGUCAGCAAUACUCAACUCCAAUGAAUGUAGAAAAAGUGCAGAGUCUAAUUAGUCCUGCAACUGUGAAUCGAAUAUCGAGAAUUUCUGGAGAUAGUACUCAGAAUUUUCUAAUGCUGAGUUUAUCUGAGUCUAAGAGAGGUGGUAACGUAGCCUCUUCGUCUUCUCAGCAGGGGAGAAAGCGGCUAAAAGUGUCAAUGAAACGAUUGAUUGGAGAAAUGUGUUAUCGAAUCGACAGAUUGGUGCUCUCUUACGUGUUCCGAGUGAAGCUGUUCAGUUCUGGCCAGUCUACGAGCAGAAGUUGUGGAGACAGCAUAGGAUAUGAAAACAUUAACAGUUGUUCCCUUAAGUUGAAUCAGAACAAGAGUCAUUUUUACGGGCACUCCAUGUACAAUUUAGAUGACAUGAUUGACAUAGCAGUGGAAUCCAAUGAUGAACAGCUGUUAGCUGAGCUAAGGAGAAGAAAACAAAAAGUUAUGACCUACCUCAAAUUCGACUGUGGCUUCAACGAUCAAACUCACCCCCUCCUCAUCAUGAAGUGCGUGAACCAGUUUGGCAUUCUGGGAUCGGAAGCAUCUGUACUCAUCUCCCCACAGUAUUUAACUAACAUUGUUAAUACUUUUGACAAAACAAUAGCUGAAAGCGGAGUGUUGCAAACAGUGUCUUUAGAUGACGUCAGAAUUUUUUGCAAUUGUCUGAAGUUACUUGCAGCUGGCAAAGAAACUCUCCCGAAUAUUUGAAUAGAAUUGAUGCGCCUUGCGCGUUGACCUCUUAGCUAGAGUAAUUCGAGUACAGUUUCUAAAUUUUAAUGCUAUAGAAAUAGAAUCUAUGUUGCGACUUGAAGUCUGAAUUUAUAUAAUGUUUGAUAGAAUUAUUGAAUUUUUGUUGGUUUGUCUUUUGAAGCCCUCACUUGCCUUGCCUUGGACUGGUUCCAUAUUUUGAGAUAUUUUUUGUGCUAUGUAAAUUAACUGACUUGAUU